ACGACGUUAACCUACGGUGGAACGAGAGUGAUUAUGGAGGAAUUAAGGAUCUUAGAAUUCCGCCUUAUAAGAUUUGGAAACCCGAUGUUUUGAUGUACAACAGCGCGGAUGAGGGUUUCGAUGGCACCUACCAGACCAAAGUGGUGGUUUCUUCCGACGGCACCUGCCUCUAUAUACCACCUGGCAUCUUCAAGUCCACCUGCAAAAUAGAUAUCACCUGGUUCCCCUUUGACGACCAAAGGUGCAAGAUGAAAUUUGGCUCAUGGACCUACUCUGGAUGGCAGCUGGAUCUUCAACUGCAAUCAGAGGAUGGCGGGGACCUUAGUGACUUUAUCAAGAAUGGCGAAUGGGACCUUAUUGGUUGUCCUGGGAAAAGAAACGCCAUAUACUACAAAUGUUGUCCUGAACCGUAUGUAGAUGUAACUUUCGAAAUAGUGAUUCGGAGGCGAACGUUAUAUUAUUUCUGCAACCUUAUUCUUCCAUGUGUGCUGAUUGCAUCAAUGGCUGUUCUUGGGUUUACGCUGCCCCCAGACUGCGGCGAGAAGCUGUCCCUAGGGGUUACCAUCUUGCUAUCCUUGACUGUAUUCUCAAACAUGGUGAAUGAUACCAUGCCAACAACAAGCGAUGCCGUACCACUUCUAGGCACGUACUUUAACUGUAUUAUGUUCAUGGUGGCAUCGAGCGUCGUUAGUACAGUGCUCAUACUCAACUUUCACCAUCGGUCGGCGGAUACGCACGAGAUGUCGCCUAUGGUGAAAAGCGUGUUUCUCCAGUGGUUACCGUGGGUCCUGCGCAUUAACCGGCCGGGAGAGAAGAUUACGCGCAAGAGCAUCAUGUUGAACAACAAGAUGAGAGAGCUGGAGAUGAAGGAGAGGUCGUCCAAGUCGCUCCUGGCGAACGUGCUGGACAUCGACGACGACUUCCGUGCGCACACGCUGCCGCACACGCACACCACCAACAACACGGCGUUCAUACGCGUGCCUCACGGCGGCCACUCCGUGGAUGACUCGCACCUCGUCCACACCUGCAUGUCCUCCUGCACCAGAGAGCUCAACCUCAUCCUCAAGGAGAUCAGGAUGAUCACAGACAAGAUGAGGAAAAAAGACGAAGACGAUGAGGUGGUGAACGACUGGAAGUUCGCAGCAAUGGUUGUGGACCGACUGUGUCUGCUGGUGUUCACGUUGUUCACGGUGAUUGCCACAGUCGCUGUGCUUCUCUCGGCCCCGCACAUUUAAUAACGUGGCUCCAUGUAUCCCGCAGGUGAGGAGCGACUGGAAGUUCGCGGCGAUGGUGGUGGACCGACUGUGUCUGAUCGUGUUCACGCUGUUCACAAUGACUGCCACAGUCGCUGUGCUUCUUUCGGCCCC